AUGACAUCAGCACAACCUGGACCAUCCUUAAAGUCAGGCUCUGGGAAGGGAGACCACGAAACAGCAGCCACAGGGGAAGGUGAGAAGGUGACCAUCAUCAGCCCCCAGGUAGGACACAAGGGGACAGCUGAGCGAGCCUUGGCCAGGUGCCUGUACCUGAGUGUCUGUGGGCCUUUCCAUUCUUGGCACAGGACAGCGAACUCUCUGACUCUCGCUGACAUGCAGAAGGUCUCACGAUCAGCCCAGGACCAGGUCCCCUCACAGCGUUCCUCCCAGUCCUGCAGAGCCUCUCAAAUCCAGGCCCUGAUGAGCAGCAGCAACGGCAGUCAGCACAUGUUGGAGGACCAAGUCCUCUGUCCCAUUUGCCUAGAGGUGUUCCAAAACCCUGUCACCACUGCCUGUGGUCAUAACUUCUGCAUGUCUUGCCUCCAGAGCUUCUGGGACCACCAGGCUGCCAUCGGAGAGACAUACUAUUGCCCCCAGUGCAGAGAGAUCUUCCCUACCAGGCCCCGCCUCUGCAAGAAUGUCAUCCUUGGGGAGAUGGUGGCUUGCUUCACCCAGGCCAAGGGCCAGACCUCCGGGUCCUUGUGGAACCUGGCUGGCCCCACCGAUGUGCCCUGUGACUUCUGCUCCCCGCAGAAGCUGAGGUCAGUCAAGUCAUGCCUGCAAUGCAUGGCUUCCUUGUGCGAGAAGCACCUGCGAAGCCACUUUGAAGACCAGUUGUUCCAGGACCACCAGCUGCUGGAGCCCGUGUGGGACCUCAAGAACCGCUUGUGCCGCAAACACCGCAAGCUUCGGCAGCUGUUCUGCCGCACGGAGGGCAGCUGCGUGUGCGGAGCCUGCCUGCUCGAGGAACACAAGAACCAUGACUCUACUCCCCUGGAGGAUGAACGAGCCCACAAAGAGGUGGAGGUUCGGAAGAUUCAGGCCAACGUGGAGAACCAGAUGUUAAUCAUUGCCUCGGAAAGCCAGAAACACCAGGGACGAGUAAGCUUUCUCUCGAAAAUGACUCAGACAAUGCGAGAUGAGGUGAACAACUGCUUCUCAGAGAUCCUUCAUGAGAUUAAACAGCUACAGAUAAAGGUCUUGGAUUUUGUGGAGAAAGAGGAGGCGGCUGCCCUCGGAAAGCUGGGCAACUCUAUCCAGCAGAGCCACAACCGGCUCCUGAAGUUGGAGGGGGACAGCGUCUGGCUCCAGAGCCUGCUCAACAACAGGAAUGAUGAGCAGUUCCUACAGGAGUUCCCCAGACUGAAGCAUUUCCCUGCAUGUGUGGAACCCUUGAUGGGCACCAACUGUGAGGAGCAUGGGUUCCUCCAGCUGCCAGACACCCUGGCCCAGCUCCGCACCAGGCUGAUGGACAUCGGUCUCAGCUUCGUCAACCAGCUGCUCUUGAAGGGCAUCAAGAUGAACUCCUAUGAGGUGCUGCCCUCAGCUGUGGACAGGAAAACGCUACUCCAGAAUUACUGCAACCUGAACUUCGACCCCGCCACGGCCAGCGAAGAGUUGUUCUUGUUCAGGGAAACGCACUCGGUGUUGAACCUGGGCAUCCUUCUGGAACCCUCGACCACCAACAGCUCUUUACCAGGCUUCAGGCAGUGGCCCCAGGUCCUGUGCUGCCCAGGCCUGACGGAGGGCUGUCACUACUGGGAAGCCGAGGUGUCCAACUCGUGGAUGUGCCUGGGUGUCACAUACCGCCACAACCCUCCGCUGGGCGGUCGCCCCCGGCGCAACAUCAUCUACCUGCUGGGCCGCAACCCCUACUCGUGGUGUCUGGAGUGGGACUCGCUCAAGUUCUCUGUGUGGCACAACAACACGCAGACAGUGCUGCAUGGAUGCUACCACCACACGCUCGGAGUGUCGCUGGAUUUCGGUGCCGGCUGCCUGUCCUUCUAUGGCGUGACGGGAGGCGUGAGCCUCCUCUACCGCUUCCUCACCUCCUUCCUGGAGCCCCUGUACCCCGCAGUCAUGGUCAGUAGCGGAGCCUCCCUCACACUCAAGCAGUACCCGGAGGCAUAG